AUGCUCCUAGUUCUGGAUCUCGGGCUUUCAAGUCUAUUCCUUUUGAUCUCUCUUGUUCUACCUGUUGUCGCCUUCGUUGUUAGGCGCAAAUGGAGGCUGGCUGCUCUGAGAAGGGAGGAGAUUCGGAGACUUCUUAUCCAUGCGUCUGAGGAGGCUGCUAGAGCUGAGCUAGAGUCCUCCGUUGAGUUCUCUUCUGUUUAUGUCCCUAAUAGCUUUCAGUGUCCUGUCUGCUAUUCUCCUGCCUCUACUCGUUGCUCUCGCUGCAAAGCCGUUCGCUAUUGUUCCGGGAAAUGUCAAAUUAUCCACUGGCGGCAAGGUCACAGAGAUGAAUGUCAUCCUGCUUCUGUCUUAUAUAAUACUGAUGAUGAGAAAAGCGACUGUGAUUUGAAGUUCAGAGAAGGAAAUGAAGGGCUUACCCCUGAUGAAACUCUAUUGCUGCAUACAGAACAGGUUACUACUAAUGUACAAGUCAGGGAAGCAAUACUCUCUAAUCCUGUCAUAUCUCCUGAAGAUGGGGGUGGAGAAAGUGCAGAUAACAAAGAUGAACUUAUGGAUAAGGAAGAAGCUGUUUCCGUUGCGGAAACAUCUGGAUCCUCGUUUUCUGGCUUCUCCUCUUCCCCUCGUAAUGACUCUGGUGAUGAUGAUGAUAUUUCUUUUUGUGAGAGCUCCAGUUCAUCUGAUUCCGAGAUAUCAGAGCCUCCACGUGAUGAUCAUGUUUCUGUAGAGUCAGAGGAGACCUUUUUCAGCAAUAUUGAUGAUGUGAAAUCCAAACCGUUGUCUCCUAAAUUUGUGCAGUUGGUUGAGUCUGCAAAUGACCUUGCUAGUUUGCCUAAGUUGAGUCUGAAUAAACCUGGGGGUGAUCCCGGGCAGAACCCGAGCGAAUCAAGUAGUUUAGUCUCUUCAGUAGGUACGGAUGGGCAUCCACGAUCAGCUGAUCCGUCUCUUCUGAAGUCAUCUGAUUUUUGGGGUACUGCUCUUGGAUCAGUAGAGCGUGUAAGUGAGAAUUGUGAUGGUUCUAAAUCUGGUAAAUCCUCUCUGAAUUUGUCAUUUGGCUCCUCUAGGGACAUCUCAGCUGCUAAAAUAUCUGAGCCUAGGAAUAAUAAUCUAAAAGAAACUACUAGGGCUGGAUUAGGAACUCGUAAUUUUUCCGGUGAAGUGAAUUCAAGAGAAAGAAUCGCCAAAAGAUUUGAUGAAGCUGAAAUUUCUUUGCCAAGAUCCUCUUCUCUUGAUGUGCCGAGUCCUUUGAACCCUACUGUUUUGUCCACUGUGACACUUCAGAAGUCAAAGAGCACCAGUGCUGGAAGCGGCUUUAUGUUGGCCCCUAUGAAGGUUGGGGAAGUCCAACGUUUGUCGUCCAAGGCCUCAGAUACUAGGGAGUGUGCUGAUGCUAUGAAACAUUCUGCUCUAGGUGCAAAAUCUGGAAGAGUUCUUGACCAUCAGAAACAGAAUGGUCUUGACGUUCAUCGUAUAAAUUCUCUAAAUGGAAGAAGUGGCAUGAAGGCGUCAGUCCUGAAAGCUGUAGACCAGUGGACUAGACCGAAGUCAUUAGCUGAGAAUGAGAUAGCAGGAAACCAUAGUCAUAAGGGGCUCUUUUCAUAUGAACUAUUUUCUAAGCUGUAUACAAGUAAAAUUGAGUUCCAGCCUUGUGGCCUCAUCAAUUGUGGCAAUAGCUGCUUUGCUAAUGUGGUCUUCCAAUGCCUGAUGUUCACUGCUCCUCUGACCACAUACUUCCUCCAACAACUCCAUUCUAGAACAUGUCCAAACAAAGAACAGUGCUUCACCUGUGGGUUUGAGAAGCUGGUCUUAAUGGCAAAAGAAGGGAAGUCUUCACUGUCCCCUAGUGGGUUGCUAUCACAGCUGCAGAGUAUUGGAAUCCGUCUUGGGAAUGGCAAGCAAGAAGAUGCGCAUGAAUUCCUUAGGUUUGUUGUCGACACAAUGCAGUCUGUGUGCAUUAAGGCAUCUGGAUGCGAUAUGCCAAAGACUAAGAAAUUAGAAGAUACUACUCUCAUUGGUUUGACAUUCGGUGGAUACCUCCGAUCAAAGAUUAAAUGCAUGAAAUGUCAAGAAAAAUCUGAGCGGCGUGAGAAAAUGAUGGAUCUGACAGUUGAGAUUGAUGGUGAUAUCAGCACCUUGGAGGAGGCUUUGCAUCGAUUUACAAGAACUGAAAUAUUGGAUGGAGAAAACAAAUAUAAAUGUGGCAGUUGUAAGUCCUAUGAGAGAGCCAAAAAGAAACUGAAAAUCACAGAGCCUCCGAAUGUCCUUACAAUUGCACUAAAACGAUUCCAGUCAGGGAAAUUCGGGAAGCUCAAUAAGUUGGUCAGGUUUCCAGAAACUCUAGAUUUGACUCCAUAUGUCAGCGGUGGAAGUGAAAAAUCACAUGACUACAAACUCUAUGGAGUUAUUGUUCACUUGGAUACAAUGAAUGCAGCAUUUUCUGGUCACUACGUGUGCUAUGUUAGAAACAGUCAAAACAAGUGGUACAAAGCUGAUGAUAGCACGGUAGUAACUUCUGAUGUUGAAAGUGUAUGGACAAAGGGAGCUUAUAUGUUGUUCUACGCAAGGUGUUCUCCAACGCCACCAAGAUUGGUAUUAUGUAACAAAUCUGAAGCAUCCAAUAAAAAAAGCAGUGUGCCGGUGGUACCUAAGGCUACUGUGUCUACUGCAAGUCCUGUGUUGUCUUCCAACACUCCUGGUGGUGAUCGACCUGGCAACAUACAGUCGUUUUACUCCAGCUUCCAGAGGCUGCAGAGAAUUUUGGAAGAGGACUCGUCGAGUGACAGUUCUUCUCUCUUUGAUAGCACCUCAGAUGAAUGCUCUUGUAGCACAGACAGUACAAGCAUGGACGACUUUGCUGAUUUCAUUUUUGGAGAUAAUCAAGGACGGGCUCACGGACAGUCCGAGGCUCCCUCUCCAACAUCAUCAUCUUCCUCGUCUUCUCCUCCCUUCACAAGGCAUUCCCGGCUAGGGGACUUGAGUCGUUCUUGUCAAGAAACUUGCAGAAACUCGAGACAUCGCGUGUCCUUGGGAAGAGAAAGGUAAGGGAGACGAUGAUUUUUUUGUCCACUGGCCCAAUUUAGUCAAUGUAGUAGAAAAAAGUGGUCACUGAGGAAUGGUAUAUAUAGUAGUGUACAGUGGGGAAGAGAGAUUUUGCCCAUGAAAAUGUAUCACCGUAACUGAAUGGAGCUUCUGUUAAUAAGUUUGAUAAUUUUUGUAAGAUGCAUCAAAUAAAGUUAAUCUAAUCGCGUACACAAGCUGUAUUAAAACA